AUGUCGAAGCCCGAUCUUAAGCCAAGCUUUCCUGAUCUAGGGUUCGAAGAGCCACACACUCCGCCGCAUCAGGAAGCGCACCCCUCAAACCUGCGCUCAGCCGAAGAAUCAGAGAAGCGCUUCUCCAGACCCGCCAGACUGCCUUUUAAGCAGCGGGCCUUGCUCAGGCGAGCUACCUCCCAGUACUUCGCGGAAAAACAGUUGGUCAAGGAUCUACCGACUGAAAAACAGGGCCCGGAGAGUCCAACCCAGAAGGGAGCGCAGGAACGCCCUGGGCAACCGGCGAAGAAGCUCUCGUUUCGGGAGGCGGCGCAGGUUCUUGGCGACUUCGAGGCGCAGAAACACGCUGUCAUGUCGCCGGAGGAAGGAGGGGCGUUCUUCACUGAGCAGGAGGCAGACAGUUCCCGCAUUACCAAUCCUGAGCAGGUGUUGGGUAAGCCUGAGGAAAACUUUCACAAACUUGGAGUGUCAACGGGACUUCUCGCGGACAGCCACGUGUCCGAACCUGUCUCAGGCAUCGUUCCGGAGCGGAACGGUCCGUCUGCUGUGGGCUCCCUCAGCGUCGUGGCAGGGAAAACGGGGAGACGAAGUCCAGAAGCAGACAAUCAGCCGUUCAAUCUCCCGACGCCCGAGCUCUUCGACCUUCCUGAGAGAAACUUUCCGGUAAUACGAAGAACUAGAGCGAGCGCUCCGCCCGGUUACAGCGGCUCGGAGUCGGAGGAUGACGUCACGGAGCAGUACCGGGGCAGUCAGAGACGGUCGGUUGGUCCCCCCCGGUCAAUGUUUCACGAGCGCCUCUGCGCUUAUGAAGCGCUCAACUGGGAGAGCCCGGAGGAACUGGAGCCGAAUAAAGCGCUCGGAGAACUAGACGAAAGGAGGGUUUCUGCAGAGGGAAGGCUGACCGGGGGUGAGUACCGGGGCCCGGGCGGUACGGACCGGCGGGCCAAGUUUGCAACGGUAGGCGCGCGAGCGUCCGCAGCGUAUGACAUAAGAGGGAGCCCCGUUUCGGAUACGCGAGCGAGGCUGGUGGACCAGGAAAACGUGUCGCUGAUUGACAGGCACGUCAAUCCCCGUGACGUGACGCUGACCGCAGCAGAGUCCCCCGGAGUGCGCUCCGCUCGCGCGCUCCGCAGCAUCUACUCCGGGCUGUCACGGGACAAAGAACCCGCUUCCGGGGUUCCGCUCAAAGAAGCGGACCCGCGGAAUCCUGCGCAGACAACGGAUCUCUCCUUCGAGCUGUGGCGCCCAGAGAGCGUAGUCCGCGUCAUUGGUAAAACGAACCGGGAGGAAGAACCGGGCGCAGAGUCCGCGGAUGAGACUCUGGAUUCGGCUCCCGGUGCUGACGUCAGGCAGGGGAGCGAGGUCGAAAAGAGUAACGCAAAGCGGGUGUCCUUUGGGGCGGUCGGGAGCGCGCGCGUGCGCGCCGCGCGGCCGGCUGAGCGCGCGGGCUUGGGGGGUUUGCCGCCCGAGGCGAAGUGGGCUGCCAUUCAAAAGUCGCUGAAAGACCUGCACUCAGAUCCGCGCGCCGGAGGCGGUUUAAAAGAAGAGAAACGGGGGCUGGAAGUUGAUUCGAAAAAUGCAGAAAGCCGCAAAGUUGAGGGCGGAGUGUCGGUCGAAGGAAGAAAGACCCGUCCUGUGAACAACCCGUUUUCGAACGGAAGAGGGGAGCGGAAUUUGAACGUGGCGUUUGGUAGUUUGUUUUACCCCUCUCAAAGCGUCGAUACGCAGGAGGUCGAAGACAGCGUAAAUCCGUACGAUGACGAACGAGACGCAGAAAAGACGUCGGGCGAUUGGGGCCGGUCAAUUGAGAAGGAGAUUCCCCGCAGAUCGGCGGAAAGGGCAGCGGUACCGAAACCGGAACCCCCGGUCAGAACCAGCUCGUACUUUAGCCGAAAGGGGCUGGAGCUCGACGACCGCGGCCAGCCGGUCGGUGUCGGGGCGAACUACCGGUCCCUCUCGGAAGAGUAUACCGGUCAGGAGCAGGGACUAUCAGCUGGAAGAAACAACCGGUCGCCCGAGAGAGACAGAAGAAGAAACCGGAGAACGGAAUCGGAAACGGGAACGGAAACGGACCUCGCGCAGUCGAUCGCGGAGCUGGCGGGCAAUCGAGAGUGGCGCUCGCACGAGAACUACCUUACCCCGGAGGCCGAAAUUCGCGGGGCCCAAAAAUCGGCUAAGGGUCUCGGGGACGAGCGAGAGACUUCGCAGGCGCUCGCGGGGCGAGUGGGGGGAGAGGAAAGCGUGUGGGUUGCAACCAGGCGCGGCGGGAAGCGGUCGGUUUUAAAGGGGUGGGCGGGCGCGAAGCGGAGCAUGAAGAAAGCGGUCGUUUGGUUGGGCCUGAAGAGCAAUGACAAGAAGAUGGCCAUCAACCUGGAGCGCCGCCCCACUUUGCACGGCCGCGCAGCUUCUCUCGACGCCGACUCAGACCCGGAACCCUUAAACCCUGCACCUGUCGCCCGGCCCCCGCGCGGCGCGGCCGCCAUCAAGCGCCUGUGGCGAAGGAUUACGGGCAAGCUGGCGGCGCUUUCCGCGCGCGCAUCACGCGCCGAGGAAGCGCGCGCGUCUGACGUUAGCGGGCGGCCGGCGUCGAGCGGGUGGGCGAGCCGCGUCGCGCAACAGGCGGCCGCGCGUUCCGGGCUGACGGGCGGAUCGAGGAGAACGGAACGGAACGAGGGGACGGAAAGUGAUGGGGAUCUGGCGGCUGCUCCGAGCGGGGCUAUGAAGAAGUCUCCGAGUACGACUCGGGGCAGGAGCCCCCUUCACAAGAACAGGGUGGUUCACGGCGGUCGCGAGCUUCUAAAAGCCCCGCAAGCUUUAGAGACGAACAAGACGAAUUAG